AUGCUCGAAAAUCUAUUGAACAGGUCAUUUCAGAUUCAAAUUCCAGUGACACAAAGCGCAGGCAACUAUUUGUUGUUAUGUGUGUAUUUGGUGGAUCCCAUAUUAAGGUUUCGAUUCCAGCAAGACUACCAGCUGGCAAUACCCUGGUGGCAGUAUCUAUUACUGGCGUUUGCUGAUGUCGAAGGAAACUUUUUAGUGGUCUGUGCGUACAAAUACACGUCUAUAUCCAGUGUGAUGCUAUUAGAUUGUUUUACAAUCCCGAUCGUGAUGCUACUGUCGACGGCGUUUUUGCAAGCCAAGUAUAAGCGUUCGCACUAUGUGGCUGUGUUAUUCUGUCUCGUGGGCAUCAUCGUGUUGGUUAUAUCGGACUCAUUACAAGAGGAAGAGACGACAUCUUGGAAUGUUUCCACAUUGUACGGGGACUUCCUCUGUUUACUCGGUAGUGCUGUCUAUGCCUGCUCCAAUGUCGGGCAGGAAUAUCUUGUCAAAAAGGAAAAUCGACGAAUAGAGUUCCUUGGCUUUGUGGGCCUUUUUGGCUUCUCGAUCAGCUCGAUGCAAGCGGCGUAUUUUGAAGGGGACGUUAUUCGCGCAGUCGAUUGGACUUGGUCCAGUGCACUCUGUCUGCUCGGAUACAUCGGUACACUCUUUAUUAUGUAUUCUGCGGCAUCGAUUUUUCUGACCACAGGCGACGCUGCAGUCUUUAACUUGUCAUUGCUGACGUCCGACUUUUUUGCAGUCGUAGCCGCUAAGUAUCUUUUCGACGAGGAGCUUAGUGGUCUUUACUUUGUCGGCUUUGUUUUCAUCUUCAUCGGCGUAAUCAUCUACAAUCGGUCAACGUCGCCUAUAACGGUUAUUGGCAAUGACAUACUGAUCGUUCAGGACAGCUCUGUUGACCGCCUUUUACCAGCUGAGCCCCACACUGAAAACAUUACCAGAGUAUUCAUAAUCUAA